UCUCUGACAUCUUGUGAUCACAAGACCUCUCCGUUUUGAGUUUUCUUGUCAAGGCAAAAAUCGGGCGAAAAAAGGCCGUCCCUUUCGGGAUUAACGGGUAAAAACAGCACCAAAUACCUUAACCAAAAUCUCAAGAUGAGAUACUUCUUAAGUUACUUAUUCGUGCUCCUGGUGGGACUUGCAAUCCCGAUAUUUUCGCUGUACUACGUCCUCAAUGGAAAGGGUGAGCAGAUAAGUUUGGGAUGGUUCUUGGAGAACACUUCCCCGUAUAUGUGGGGUACCCUCGGAAUCGCCUUUUCCGUUGCCCUGUCCGUUGUCGGAGCAGCCAUGGGCAUCCACACUACUGGUGUCAGCAUAGUGGGAGGAGGUGUCAAAGCACCUAGAAUCAAGACUAAGAAUUUGAUCUCCGUCAUCUUCUGCGAGGCCGUCGCCAUUUACGGUUUGAUCACUGCUAUCGUGCUCUCUGGUAUGCUGGAGAAAUAUUCUGAACCAUUUACUAGUGUGUCCGUCAAGCAGCAGAACUGGAUGGCAGGAUACGUGAUGUUCGGCGCUGGACUCGCUGUUGGCUUGGUGAAUCUAUUCUGUGGAAUUGCUGUUGGUAUCGUGGGCUCUGGUGCUGCUCUAGCGGAUGCUGCCAACGCUGCCUUGUUCGUCAAGAUCCUCAUCGUUGAGAUUUUUGGAUCUGCCAUUGGUCUUUUUGGCCUUAUUGUUGGCAUUUAUAUGACAUCAAAAGUAAAAAUGGGCAACCAGUAACUUAAGAAAAGAAAAUACUUGAAAACAAGUUAAACAGCAUUGGAUCGUCCCAGCUUUAUCCUCGAGACAACAUUGAAAAUAUCAGUCCAGUGCUCAAAGAAACUUAUUAACAGGUGUAAAGCUUAAUUAUUAUUUUUUCAAUAUGAUUGCAGUGUUGAACUUGUUUAUACUUCCUGUUGUUGAUGUGUUUAUAUCAUUAUUGUAAAUCUAUCUUUAUUGUAAAGAAUAUCUUAGCACCAUGUUGAAGAAAUUAAAAAGAAAUCUUGAAAUUUUAUUUUUUUACAGUAUUUCCACUGUUCCGAUUUAAUGCCUGAAUUAUAUUAUAAAAAUUUAACAAAUCAUAUUCUCGAUGUAUAUAAGAUAAAGUAAAAUUAUAGCUGUUGUCGAUUUUAAAUCUUAUUUGCAUUUUGUGCUAAGUUUUCACGUAAUGAACAGGAUUGUAUUGGAUUGGGAGUGUUUUUUGACAUCUAUUUUUCAACCACUAGACAUUGUGUUAUAUUACCAUAAAACAAAAAAAGAACCAAUAUUUUACAUGACUGCUUACAAUAUUAUCAGAUAUAUUGUUUAAAUGAAUUUGAUAUUUUGUAUUUAGUCAUUUUGUUAUGAGCUUAAACAUUCCAUGAAACCUUUAUUUCAAGUUUUGUCAAAGCUUUGAUUGGUUUAAACUGAAUCCUGUUGUAGACUUGUAUGUACGUUCAAACGAAUAUUUCAUUAUGUAGUCACAUUUUUCUAGAAUACACUGAUCAAUGAACAACCCAAGUUGAAAAAUGUGUAAGAUGUUAUCCUGAAAACUACGAAAACUACCUACGUGUUAUCACUGUGCUUAUUUUGAAAAUUAGUAUUAAUAUUUUCAAUCGUCUUCUGUGAAAAAAAAAUGUUUAGUCCCAUUGUAACAAACUUGUAAAUAUUUUAUUUGCUUCCCUUUACUAAUUUAUUGUAAUUUCAUAUUCCUAAAUAAAUAAGGUUGAUGUGAAUGCCAUAAGUUAUUAUAUAAACGAUAAAAUCGAUGUAAUUUCGAAAAUCGAUGUAGCCACAAUUGGCUUAUAGGCACAAUAACCAUUAAACUUAAUAAGUAUUAUGUCAGUCUGAAGUAGGUACAGUUUACUGAUGUAAAUUUAAGUUAAAUAUUACUUGUGCAAAUGUAGAUAUAAAUGUUGAUGAAUAAAUAGAUAAAAGUUA